GUUUGUGCAUAAAUAUUAAUGAUAUCAUAUGGAGUAAUAUUUAUGAUAUCAUAAUUUCUCAAAACCCAUUUUUUCCUCUCAUAAACCCCCCAUCCAACUUUGCUGUACAGUUCUUACAUAAAGCUCCUCUUCCCUGAACAGUUUUACCACACAUCGCUCUCUCUUUUCCUCUCUGAGCUAUCCUUCAAAGGAGAAAAGUUUGACACCCCAGGAUGAAAUUAAUUUUUGUUGCAAAAAUGGGAUUUUGAGAUAGAGCACGUUGAAAGAGGCAUUAUCUGGGAAUUCUUUGUAAGUUUUAGGGGAUUUAAUGGCCGACAACAACUAUGACUGGGUAGGCUCAACCUUACUAUGUGAAGAGACGAACAGUCUGUGUUUCAUUGAUCUUGGCUCUCCGGCAACGGAUGAGGUAACCCAAGAAACCGAUGGUUAUGAAGGCUUCAUCUUUGACACUGGAAGGUUACAGCCAUUGAUUGAUUUGCCAAGUCUAUGUGAGGAAAGCUUUCGUUUAAUGGUGGAAAAGGAGAUUCAGUAUAUGCCUAGACAAGAUUAUCUUAAAAGAUUGAGAUGUGGAGACUUGGAUUUGACUUUGAGAAGAGAUGCGGUUGACUGGAUUUGGAAGGCUCACAGGCAUUAUGGAUUUGGAGAUUUUAGUUUUUGUUUGUCAAUCAAUUAUUUGGAUCGUUUUCUCUCCAUGUAUGAAAUGCCAAACAACCAAAAAUGGGCAGUCCAGCUGUUAUCUUUGGCUUGUUUAUCAAUAGCUGCUAAAGUGGAGGAAAUCUCUGUUCCUUCAGCGGUUGAUUUACAGGUU